UGGCGUCAUACUAUGAUCCUCCCAAUCUCAGCCUCUGGAGCAGUGAGGACUACAGGUGUGAGCCUCUGGUGUCUGACUUCCAAACCAUUUUUCUUAUUCCACAGCCAUCUAAUACUUUUUCCAUUAACAUUUACAAGUCUAUUAAAUGUCUCUAAAAAGGCUUCAUUUGAAAAAUCAAGAAGCAAAGACACUUGAAAGGAUCUGAUUCUGUGCUUGUAAUGAAAAUAAUUGGAAUUGACUUUGCUAAGAACGCAUCUCAGGCUGAGAGUAUUGCGCAGUGGUGCAGGGCUUUUCUAGUUUGCAGAGGCCCUUGGUUGCUCACCAGCCCUAAAGCAGAAAACACAAACAACAACAAAACCAUAACCAAGAGAUAAUUUAAACUUAGUGGGAGAGGCCUGUGUAAGGUUUUCUGAGCAUCUGUUCUCUCAGAACUCUUAGGCAAGCAGAAAGCUACAGUUGGGUAUUUUUUUUUGGUGGGAUUGGGGUUUGAACUCAGGGCCUCACGUUUCCAAAGCAGGUGCCCAGCCCUUCGAGCCACACCUCCUGUCCAUUUUGCUCUGGUUAUUUGGGAGAUGGAUGUCUCACAGACUACUUGCUAUGGCUAGCCUAGAACCUCCAUCCUCCCAAUCCUAGCCUCCCAAGUAGCUAGGAUUACAUGGUGAGCCACUUUUGCCCAGCUUUGCUACAGUUGUUUUGUGUUGAAGACCUAAAAGGUUUUUUCCCUCCCUUCUCCUUGACAGUGUAGAGGAAGUUAAAUGUCACUGCUUGUCUCUGCCUCAGAGAUCCAGGCAGAGAUGCUGUGAAGUACAUUGUGUAGAAGUGCAAGCCAUGGCAUAUAACUCUUUAUAGGAAUGCAUUUCCGUGUGCCUGCUCCAAGGCCUCUAGAGGCCAGGUUGAGGUUUAUGUGAUAGAGCUCUGGGUGAAGGAUUUUGUUUGUUUUGAAUCUUUUUGUCUGUUUUUGCUGAGCUGGUUAUUGAACUGUGUCUUUGCACAUACUAGGCCUAAGUGCUUUACCACUGUGCUUGUAAAUCGUAGUCUACUGAGGCUUUUCUGUUCUUACGCAUUAUGGUUACACAUUCAUAUACUGAACCUGCAGGUGAUGGAGAGGUGAUUGAACAAAUUAUAAGCCUGCAAACCCAUGACAAUGGUGAACGGAGCCCAGAACCCAGCAUUCUUGAUGGGAUGAUAAGGCAGCUGCAGCAGCAGCAAGAUCAGAGAAUGGGAGCAGAUCAGGAUGCUGUUCCAAGUGGGCUUUCCAACGGGGAAGAAACACCUCGGAGAGGUUUCAGAAGACUAAGCUUAGACAUCCAGUCUCCUCCAAAUAUUGGUCUGCGCCGUAGUGGGCAAGUUGAAGGUGUUCGUCAGAUGCAUCAAAAUGCUCCCCGAAGUCAGAUCGCUACGGAGCGCGAUCUGCAGGCCUGGAAGCGCAGAGUGGUCGUGCCCGAGGCGCCACUGGGCGUGUUCAGGAAGCUGGAAGACUUUCGAAUAGAGAAGGGUGAGGAAGAGAGACAUCUUUAUAUAAUCGGAAGGAAGAGGAAGUCUCUUCAGCUCUCACAGAAGUCGGAGUCAGUGGCUUUGGUGUCACAGUCAAGACAGAGAACAUGUCGGCGCACAAAUUAUGGUCGAAGAAAUGUUGGCCGACGUGAGUUAUCUUCUGGAAAUGAAUCUUCAAGCUCCGUCAGACAUGACACUUCCUGUGAUCAAAGUGAAGGCUCUUGUUCUUCAGAAGAUGAAUGGAAAAGUGAUAGGAAGAGUGAAAGUUACAGUGGCAGCUCAAGUGACUCUUCGUCUAGAUACUCCGACUGGACAGCUGAUGCGGGAAUCAAUUUGCAGCCUCCUUUGCGAGCAUCAUGUCGUCGACGGAUUACUCGAUUCUGUAGUAGUUCUGAGGAUGAAAUGUCCACUGAGAACUUAUCUCCUCCAAAAAGAAGACGGAAGAGAAAGAAAGAAAGUAAGCCUAAAAAGGAGAGUUUGCGGAAGAGGACAGAGCUUGAACAUACUGGACACUUAAGAGACCCUCGUCCUCCAGUGUGGAUAACUGACACUGCACUUCGAAAAUCUCCCUUUGUUCCUCAGAUGGGUGAUGAGGUAAUCUAUUUUCGACAGGGUCACGAGGCAUAUAUUGAAGCUGUCAGAAGAAAUAACAUAUAUGAACUGAACCCUAACAAGGAGCCGUGGAGAAAGAUGGAGCUUAGGGCAACUUUAUGGACCACAACUGCUGAGAAUAAGAGUGCGCUGCCCUUGGGCUGGGGACAGGUCAGUAGUGGAGCACUGCCCAGCACCCAGCAGGCUGGGGCCCAAUCCCUUGUACUGCCAUUUGAUUUGUUACCAAAUCCAGUCAUCAGCAUGCAGAAUGCAGAUGUUCAUGGGGUGCAUGUGACUCUUCAGCACACUUGCACGCAGCCCAGUGCUCACAUCAGGGCAGACAUUGCAGACGGUUGUCAUGUCUUUGUGGUGAGAACAUUGAAAGUGCUGUCUUCCUAGGCUCUUUUGAGAUGAGAUCUUGCUUUUUUGCUCACCUUGACCUUGAACUCAUAAUUAUACUGCU